CAAGAUUUUCUCAGCAUUUUGGCAUCUUAUACUGCUUAUAAAUGGCAGCAAAAUCUGUCUUAAUGUGGUUAAGUAUUGAUUAGGGCACAUAAUGCAAUCUACCAAUUAGGUUUAGAAAAUCGAAUUAGCAUAGAAUAUCUUUUCAUUUUCUUAACUUGAUCUUGGGGUAAAGUUAAAAAACACGCAGCCAAAAACUGGUGGAGAACGAGGGUUAACCACACGUUUGGUUAGGAAAAACCAGACAUAUAUAAGAAAUUCCGUACCACACUUGCACAGUGAGCGAGAGAGAACUCGCUUAAGAAAAUAGUGUGUGUGUGUGUGGUUUCGACGCAGAUAGCGACUGGUGACUACCCCUUUUCAAUUCUUAACGCUUUUGGUCUACAGGUUCAGCAUUGACAACUAUACUUUUUUUGAGUGGUUCAAGUAUCACAGAAUUUGUGUGCUGUAAACUAAUAGAAUGGACGAUAGCAAUAAUAUUAAUGGGAGUGGUGAAGGAUCAUCAGCUGCUUUGGCUACCGAGAAAGGAAGUAGGAACAAGAGGAAGUUCUUGUCUGAUUUGGCAAUAGACAUUCCAAUUGAUGUAUCAAACCUUUCCCUUACAGAAUUCCCAAGAUAUGAGUUGUUGGAGGAAAAAUUUCGGAAUGCUUUGAGUGAGUUGGGGUCACUCGUGUCUAGGUCAGAAAAGAUUGUUGAGGAACCGGAAGUGGAAGAAUUCCAAUCCUCCGAUUGGGAUGAUCCCAAUACAUGUCAGCUCGAGAAACUUUUAACUAAUAAUUUACUUGUGACUUUCCACAGUGCUGUGAAGAAGAUUGUUGAAUGUGGAUACAAUGAGGAAAGUGCCGAGUGGGUCGUUUUAAAUUGUGGCAUAUACCAUGGUCGUAAAGAUGCAGUGUCAAAUGUUGUGGAUGGUGCUUUGGCUUUAUUGAAGAGGGAAAAGGAGUUCAAUUUCAUUUUCUGUUAA